AUUGUAAACAUCGACUAGAGCCGCCAGUCCGGCAACGCCCGGGCAUUUUACGUCAAAAUUGUUAGUAGACGCAGCUGAUUUCCCAGCGCCAAACAAAGUUUGAGCAAAAGUACACAAUGUCAGUCGCCGACACCAUUGAAUACGUGACCCUGGGCAAUCCUGUCAGCAAAAUGGUGGCUUCGUCCGCAUCAGCACUGCUCCGCACCCUGGGCUUGCGUCCCAAGAAGGUAACAGUGCAGGACACGAAUAUGAGUUUGGUUCCAUCCGCCCAAAGCUACGGACAUUCCCAUGGCUCGCUAUAUUCCCUGGCCGGCAGCCACUACCACUUCGUGCGGCUGGCCGGGAUCGGCGGGGCGUCGGCCAUCUUUAUGGGAGCCUACUGCAAGUACGUCCUGAAGGACGUGAGCGAUCCCAAGGAGCAGGUGGACUCGCAGGCAUUCGCCGAUGUGGCCAACCGCAUCCACUUCCUGCACUCCUUCGCCAUGAUGGCUAUGCCUCUGGCUCACUAUCCUGUCAUCACUGGGACUCUGAUGAUUACGGGCACGAUGCUAUUCAGCGGAUGCAUGUACUACCGCGCUCUGACUGGCGAAAAGAAGCUGCAGCCAUAUGCGACCGUUGGAGGAUUCUGCCUGAUGGCCGCGUGGCUGUCGCUGGUCCUGUAGGAUGCGCGGAUGGGAGGCUACUUAUAUAUCUAUAUCUUAUAUAGCACUUACUGAACAGUUAUGUAGUCAGAGAGGCAACUAAAGCUAAGCCAAGUUUAACAUACAACAUCAGCUAAAAAU